AUGGCGCUCAACGAAGUUCUUAUGGUCGGUAGUGUUCCUGGGACUGGGCCGCAGGAAGUCUUUUCUCGACUACUCGCAGCGCUACCUGGUCGAUUACAAGCUGUACCUGACGGGGAGACGGGUGAGCGGAACAACUACAUUGGAUGGCAACUGCAGCGUUUCCCUCGGGUGGCCCGAAGAAAUGAAUUGGGAGGGACGCCGUUGCCUGAACUUGGACCGCCGACCUUUUCGCUCGAAGACAUUGAGCCAACAGCCUACGACGAAGCCGCGUUGUCAUCCUAUGCCGAAUUUACACGUCUUCGUCAGCAAAAGAUCGUCCCACCGAAUGUUCUUUUCCAGAUCGGUCUACCUUCACCCUACAGCGUGAUAACCGGCCAUAUCAAACCCGAGCUGGCCAACGCGAUUGAGCCGUUAUAUGAGCAGCGCGUCGCAGAUUCCAUUGAUAAAAUCGUUGCAAAUAUCCCUCAUGAUGACUUGAUAGUACAAUGGGACCUUUGUUUCGAGAUCACGGCACUCGAGUUCAAUCAAGGGCGGCUGAAUGACAAACGCCACCAGCCCUACUUUUCGACUUCUGUGCUACAAGGUCUGGUAGACCGAGUAGUGAGGCUAUGCAAACGGAUUCCUGGAGAUAUCAAAAUUGCUUUCCACCUUUGUUAUGGCGAUCUUAGGCACAAGCACUUCAUCGAACCAGAGGAUACAUCACUCCUUGUAGAGUUUGCCAACGCUUUGCUUUCACACGAGAGGAUUGGCUCGCGGACCCGGUGGAUUCAUCUUCCAAUACCAAAGGAUCGAUCAGAUGCUGAAUACUUCGCACCUUUGGCUGGCCUCAAGCUCAAUGGCCUUGACUCUGGCUCAAAACCACCACUCUUAUACCUCGGUCUAGUGCACGCCAACGAUGAGGCUGGGACACGAAAACGCAUAGAGACUGCGCAGUCUAGCAUUCCGUUCACGUUCGGCAUAGCGACAGAAUGUGGAUUGGGAAGGACACCACUGGAGGAAAUUGGCAGCGUUUUACAAAUUUGCAAAGAUGUCACCACAGAGCGCUCCUCGGAGCAUCUUUAA